UGGGUAUAUGUAUGGUAACCUGCUCACAUGGAGCUGUGCCAGGGUCGCACGGUGGCAUGGCACCUGUUUGGGAUGGGCAACGAGGUGGACAUACACUCCGCGUACUUCCAGGGCAACACCCUAUUGGACCGCGGUCACCGUGCCGACACACUCAGCCUGUUCCCGGCAACCUUCGUCACCGCAGCGAUGGUUCCCUUGGCGACCGGGAAAUGGCUGCUGAGCUGUCAGGUCAACGACCAUCUACAGGGGUGUCAGCCCCUCAGCAGCCCCCCCUGCUGGCCCAGUCAGGAAGUACUACCUGGCAGCAGAGACCGUCACCUGGGACUAUGCUCCUACCGGCAUCGACACACAAACCAACCUCUCCCUCACACUGCCUGACAGUCCCUCUGAGGUGUUCUUCGGUAGUGGUGAUGGCAGGAUAGGCGGUCGCUAUAUGAAGGCGGUGUAUCGUGGCUACACAGACGACACCUUCACCACCAGACAACCUCUCACCCCUGAAACACAACACCUGGGAAUACUGGGCCCAGUGCUGAGGGCUGAGGUAGGGGACAUUCUACAGGUGGUGUUUCUGAACAAGGCAGACAGAAACUACAGUAUCCAGCCUCACGGCCUCCACUUCGACAAACGAUACCAGGGAACCAGUUACCAAGACGGUGUAGAGAAGCCAGGCUCAGCUGUGUCUCCAGGCUCCAGGUUCACCUAUACCUGGCAGGUGUUGGAUGGUCCCUCCCUCUCUGACCCUCCCUGUUUGUCCUACCUGUACUACUCUGGCUCCUCCCCUGUAGAGGACACCAACGCUGGCCUCGCCGGACCACUACUGGUCUGUAGGCCCGGAGCACUGGGGGACCACGGCAAGCAG